UUUUAGUAUUUUGAAGGACUGAGGCGCAAGCGCACUUCUAUUGUCUUUCAGAGGGUUCCGGGAGUUAAUAGUGAUCCGGGUGAGCCACGGCAAGACGAUCUUUCGGGGGUUGCUUUCAUUUGAUUCUCGCUGUCUUUAUUUGACAAGGGCUUUGCUGUAAGAUGGAGGAGACUGACAGGGAAGCAGUUGCAACAGCUGUACAAAGGGUAGCUGGGAUGCUUCAGCGACCAGACCAGUUAGAUAAAGUAGAACAAUAUCGAAGAAGAGAAGGCCGUAAGAAAGCUUCAGUAGAAGCGCGACUGAAGGCUGCAAUUCAGUCACAACUUGAUGGAGUUCGAACUGGUUUAAGCCAGCUGCACACUGCAUUGCAUGAUGUCAAGGACAUACAGCACUCCUUAGUUGAUGUCAAUAAAGAUUGGCGGCAGAGUAUCAACACCAUAGAAAAUCUCAAAGAUGUUAAAGAUGCUGUAGUUCAACAUAGUCAAUUGGCAGCUGCUGUAGAAAACCUCAAAAAUAUAUUCUCAGUCCCAGAGAUAGUCCAGGAGACUCAAGACUUGAUUGACCAAGGACAGUUAUUGCAAGCUCAUCGAAAAUUGAUGGAUUUGGAGUGCUCCCGAGAUGAUCUUAUGUAUGAACAAUACCGCAUGGAUAGCAAGAAUACCCAUGAUAUGAACCUAAUUGAUACUUAUUUUGGAGAUAUGCAGAAACUUUCUGAAGAACUGGCCAAGCAACUCUGGAUGGUCAUUCAAAGGUCUCUAGUCACUGUCCGUAGAGAUCCAACCUUGCUUGUUUCAGUUGUGAGAAUAAUUGAGAGAGAAGAAAAGAUAGAUCGGCGUAUGUUAGAUCGGAAAAAGCAAACUGGAUUCAUCCCCCCUGGGAGACCUAAAAAGUGGAAAGAAAAAAUGUUUGAUGUCCUGCAUCGAACUGUUAUUACCAGGAUUGAAGGCACUCAAGCAGACACUCGAGAAUCUGACAAAAUGUGGCUUGUUCGCCAUCUGGAAAUAAUUCGUAAAUACGUUCUUGAUGAUCUGUUGGUGGCUAAAAAUCUCAUGGAUCAGUGUUUUCCCCCACAUUAUGAAAUUUUCAAGAGAUUGCUAUGUAUGUAUCACCAGGCAUUGUCUUUACGCAUGCAGGACCUGGCUUCAGAAGAUUUAGAGGCAAACGAAAUUGUUAGCCUUUUGACUUGGGUUUUAAAUACAUAUAAAAGUGAAGAAAUGAUGGGAAAUUUGGAACUGGCACCAGAACUGGAAGUGAAUUUCCUGCAACCUCUUCUUUCUCAGGAUGUCGUGAAUGAACUUCUCAGCACAUAUAUGUCAACUCUUACGUCCAACAUUAUAGGCUGGUUAAGAAAAGCACUGGAGACAGAUAAAAAAGACUGGCUAAAAGAAAAUGAACCAGAAGCAGACCAGGAUGGAUAUUAUCAAACAACCCUCCCAGCUAUUGUAUUUCAGAUGUUUGAACAGAAUCUUCAGGUGGCUACUCAGAUAAGUGAAGAUUUGAAAAUAAAAGUCCUGCAUUUGUGCCUUCAGCAAAUGAGUUCCUUUCUUAACAGGUAUAAAGAGGAAGCACAUUUAUAUAAAGAAGAACAUUUAAGAAAUCGUCAGUAUCAUCCAUGCUAUGUUCAGUACAUGGUUGCCAUCAUCAACAACUGUCAGACUUUUAAGGAGUCGAUCAUCAGUUUGAAGAAGAAAUAUUUGCCCCCUAUGAUGGAAGAGAUGCUGAUAAGCAGUCAUGCAUGCAUCGAUGCUGUUUUAGAUGAUAUUGCAAAAGAAGGAUGCUCAAGCCUGCUAGAUGAAGUCUUCAUUGAUUUAGAGCCCCAUCUUAGUGAAUUGAUGACAAAAAAAUGGCUCGGUGCAUCCAAUGCUGUGGAUACAAUCUGUGUAACAGUUGAAGAUUAUUUUAAUGAUUUUGCAAGAAUAAAGAAGCCCUGUAAGAAGAAAAUGACUGUUGAGUGCCAUCGUAGAGUUGUUAUGGAAUAUAUCAAGGCUGUAAUGUUAAAGCGUAUUACUUUUAAAAAUGCAGAAGAAAGAAAAGAAGGUGCUGAAAGGAUGAACAGGGAAGCCAAACAGUUCAGGUUUCUAUUUAAAAAACUCGCAGCAGGAUCUGGAGAAGACACAGAGGGGCUUUGUGAUGUCAUUGAAGCUAUUGCAGAAGUUUUCAAGCUAACUGAUCCUUCCCUGCUUUAUUUAGAAAUCUCAACUUUAGUUAGUAAACAUCCUGAUAUCAGAGAUGACCAUAUUGCAGCUUUAUUAACAAUGAGAGGAGAUGCCAGCAGAGAGAUGAAGCAGACGAUCAUUGAAACUUUGGAUAAAGGCCCAAGCCAACCAAAUCCAAACUAUGUGCCACUUUUUAAAGAAAUUAUAGUUCCAACAUUAACUGUGCCAAAGCUUCUUAAGUAAUAACAGUAGUUCAUGUCAAAUUUACAAUGUUUUAGCUUACAAUGCAUAUAGAGAAAUAUGAAUUUCUUGCAAAGCUUUUUUAUCCUAUGUUAACGCUUGUAACAAGAUAUAAGAAUACCUAAUUCAGUCACUGAAAAAGUAUAUAAUAUGAUGUCCAAGAGUGUUUUAGAAUUGCAUCUUUACUAUUAUUAGUGAAUCCCCCCUCACUUGCAUUUUUGUGUGUAUUUCAGGAAAAAUAAAGAGAGUCAACUUAAAGAUACUUGUGUUAGGUAUUUGCUUAAUAAAUGAAUAGCACUGGUGUUGCA